AUGCCCUUUGGAGAAGUUCUACAGCAGAUGUCGCUCUAUGCUAAAUUUCUGAAAGACAUGCUAACUAGGAAGAACAAGUACAUCCAUAGUGACACCAUAGUUGUCGAGGGAAACUGCAGCGCCAUAAUUCAACGUAUCCUUCCACCAAAACAUAAAGAUCCAGGCAGCGUCACUAUACCUUGUUCUAUAGGUAAAGUUUCUAUUGGCAAAGCUCUUAUUGAUUUGGGAGCCAGUAUUAAUUUGAUGCCACUUUCCAUGUGCCAGAGACUUGGAGAGUUGGAGAUAAUGCCUACUAGGAUGACUUUACAGUUAGCAAAUCGCUCCAUCACCAGACCUUAUGGAGUGAUUGAGGAUGUUUUGGUUUGGGUCAAGCAUCUUAUCUUUCCUGCUGACUUUGUUGUAAUGGACAUUGAGGAAGAUGUAGAUAUUCCCUUAAUUUUGGGACAUCCAUUUAUGUCUACUGCAAGCUGUGUAGUGGACAUGGGGAAGAAAAAUUUAGAAAUGGGUAUUAAAGACCAACAGAUUAGCUUUGAUCUAUUUAAUGAAGAAAGAAAAUUGCUGGACCAGAAUGUUUGUUUACAGGUGAAGGAGUUUGAUGAGAAGAAAAUCCUUCCGGAAAGGAAUGUGAAGCUGUUCUAUGCCAAAUUUGAUGAAUUUAGAAGGGAAGUUGAGAAGAGGAACUGGCAUAAGGAGCUCACUAACUUCUCAGAGGGAAGCAUUGAUGUUGCUAUUGUUAAAGAAUUUUAUGCUAACCUCUAUGACCCUGAAGACAAAUCGCCUAAGCAGGGAACCCGCAAAUCUAGGGCCAGAGGAUCUGAGGCACCAUCUACUUCAGCUCCCCCUACCUCAGCUCCUUCUACCUCUUCUCUCCCUCCAGCUCUAGCAGCUCCAGUUCUUUCAGGUCCCUCUGCUCAGAGCUUUCCUUGUCUAUGUUGCAGAGCCUGCAUUAGGGCCAGCUCCUGA